AUGACAAACUAUAUAUAUUAUUUCUAUUAUCCAAUUCUAUUUGGACUUUUACUUGUUCUUAUUGUAUCAAUAUUUAGUUUUCUGGCAUAUAAUAAUGUUCGACGCCUAGUUCGAAGACAAAUACCAAUAGUUCGACGAAAACUUGAUCAAAAAUUAACUGCAAUGAUACUUAAUCGUAUUAUAUUAUUUAUUCUUUUAACAUUGCCUUAUGAUAUUCAAAGAAUGUAUACAUAUGUUGCAAAAGUUAAUCAAUUAAAUCAACUUUACUAUACAAUUAAUACUCUGAUUGGAUCAAUUUUUAGUAAGAUUGUUUAA